CCGGGCGGGGCGCGGCGGACGCACCGAAGGCGAAUAAAAGGGCCGCUCUGCGCGGGGGCCGCUUUUUCCGCGCCUGGCCUGCAGCGCUCCUCGCGAGUGGGCAGCCGGGCGGGGAGGCACCGAGCGGUCACCGCGCUGCGGAGCACCCGACACCCGGGGCGGAGGGCGGAUCGCUCUGGGCGCGCGGCGCCUUCCGGUGCCCAGCGGGGUCGGUGUCAAAAGGGCCGAGGACCGGGCCAUGGCGGGGGCGGAGUGUGUGCCCCCGGCCAGGCCGAGCCUGACCUCCAUCUCGUCGGGGGAGCUGCGCAGCCUGUGGACAUGUGACUGUGAGCUGGCCCUGCUGCCCCUGGCGCAGCUGCUACGCCUGCAGCCAGGAGCCUUCCAACUACGUGGGGACCAGCUCGUGGUGCCCGGCCCGGGCGAGCCGGGAGUGGCGCGCGGGGGCUUCAACGUCUUUGGCGAUGGCCUCGUGCGCCUGGACGGGCUGUCCUACCGCCUCAGCAGCUACAUCAAGAGAUAUGUGGAACUAACCAACUACUGCGAUUAUAAAGACUACAGAGAGACAAUAUUGAGCAAACCAAUGCUGUUCUUUAUUAAUGUACUGACCAAAACUGACACUUCAAAAGAAAGAACAUAUGCAUUUCUUGUGAACACAAGACACCCCAAGAUAAGAAGACAGAUAGAGCAGGGGAUGGACAUGGUCAUUUCCUCAGUGAUUGGAGAAAGCUACCGGCUCCAGUUUGAUUUUCAAGAUGUAGUCAAGGAUUUUUUCCCUCCAGGAAAUGAGGUGGUUAAUGGAGAAAAUUUGAGCUUUGCAUAUGAGUUCAAAGCUGAUGCAUUAUUUGAUUUCUUCUAUUGGUUUGGGCUCAGCAAUUCCACCGUUAAGGUGAAUGGGAAAGUUUUGAAUUUAUCGAGUACAAGACCAGAAAAGAAGGAAACAAUUAAAUUAUUUCUGGAAAAAAUGAGCGAACCUUUAAUCCGAAGGAGCAGUUUCUCUGACCGAAAAUUCAGUGUAACUUCCAGAGGUUCAAUAGAUGAAGUCUUUAACUGCAAUCUGUCACCCAGAUCUUCUCUGACGGAGCCCCUCUUGGCAGAAUUACCAUUUCCAAGUGUUCUGGAAUGUGAAGAGACGCCCAGCCAAUUGAUCUGAUUGGACUGAAUAUCUUGCAGUUACUCCUGUGCUCCAGACCCGCACUGGAGCUGGAGGUUGAGGGGAUGAGAAAGCAGGAGGUGAAGGUUGAGGGGACAGGUUGGUGGGAGGCUGGCACUUCCUCCAACUUGUCAACCCUCUGGUCCUCCUUGGCAUCUACAGAGGGCCCUUUUCAUCCAUUUGCCUGGGUGGCACACUGGCAGCUGACUUUAGGAUGCGAGGGUCUUGGCUCCUUGACUGGGGAGGUAUCCUCUCCUUUUAACCCUUCUCUAGAGGGAGCAGCAGGGGUCUGCUACCCUGACCACUUUGCUUAAUACUCCGGCAGCCUGGGACAUUUCCUACAUCAGUCUGUGGAACAAUCUGACCCAUGAGGCUUCAUAAACCGGGUUUGAUCCUCUGGUGGAACCUCUUUGUCUGAACCCAAACACAGUAAAUCUGGGGUCAGUGAUGCUGGUCUCUCACAAACCUGGCUGCACAAAAAUUAGGACAUCUUUCACUAGAAGGCAAGUAUGUUUUUCAUCCUGCUUACAAUCUAUCUGCCUUAGGAGGAACAUUCAUGAAAACGUUCAUUAGAGGCUUGGCGAGACUGAUAGGAUGGCAACUGCCUCCCGUUGCCGGAAAUUUAAACUACCUUGGCCUCCCUCACAACAAAGUGGUCUCUGUAGAACUUGGAUAGGUGGUGUGGUACCAAACAGUGGCAGGGGAAGGAUAAUGUAUACAGCAGUGUCCUCUUGAUGGAGAGCACAUUAUACCAGUUGGGUAUUUUAAAUAAGCAUUUAACAAUCCUAACACUAAAAGCAAGAUAGAAAAAAGUUGUAACAUUACCAUAACAUAUUGUUACAGCAAUACAUUUUCAUCUCAUAACCACAAUUCUGAAUUCUUAAGAAGAAAAAUAUCAUCCUAUCUACAUGUAGAAACUUGCAAGAAAUGAAAUACUACCUAUGCUUAUUAUGAAGUUUUAUGGGUCCCAAGUUUAAUUUUUCUAUUUUUUUUAAUAUUCCUGUAUUAUACCUUUUGAUAGCACUACUGGUUGUUCUUUCAUUUGUAUUUGAAAUGUUAUAUACUAUGUUUGUGCAAUUAAAACUUUUCUGAGCA